AUGUCAAAAUAGCAAUAAGACAAAAGGCCAUAUUCUAAAAUGUCCUUAUCAAACAAAGAGGCUUUGAAAGCUCUAGUCUUUCAAAAAGGAUUCAAAAUUAAAGAAGUAAUAUAUUUAUUUAAUUUUAGGCUGCACAAAAGCUUUCCAUAAAUUAUGCUAGCGCUAAAACUAUUAUACUUCAGUUUAGAUAACGAUAGAUAAAAACAUCAAUAAGAUAUUUAUCCAAGAAACCUUGUCUUAUUAAAAAAGCUUAAAAAAUCAAAUAAUCGAUUAACAUUAUUUCCUAAACUGGUGGAGUGAAAGUAAAUGAAAAAGAAUAUUAUUUAAAUUGA